AAAAAGUGCGCAUAGAAAUUGUGAUUGAAACCAAAAAAAAGUAUAUAUAAAGUUUGUGAUUGAAAUUUUUUUUCUCCAUUUCGUUUUGGUCACAACAACAACAACAAUGUCACCUCAAUCAGCCAGUUUGUUUAUGGCCAUUUUGGUCACCGUUCUUGUCCAAAGUACGCAAGGAAUGUUUGAUGGACAUAAAGAAAAAAUUCAUAUUUAUAAACAAGUUCCACAUCCGGUUCAUGUUGUUAAAAAAUAUCCAGUAAAAUAUCCAGUCUAUAUUCCAGUCAAAUCGAAACCAAUUAUUAAAAAAGUUGAAGUUCCAUAUAAAGUUCCUUACAAGGUUCCAAUCAAAGUACCAAUCAAAGUCCCAUAUCCAGUCAAAGUUCCAGUACCAUAUCCAGUUAAAGUACCUGUUUAUGUUAAAAAAUACGAUAGCUAUGGUGGUGGCUAUGGUGGCGGUUAUGGGGGUGGCUAUGGGGGUGGCCAUGGAGGUUAUGGCGGCGGAUACGGUGGUGGCUAUGUUACCGGUAAAUUGUUGACCCAUUCAGGUGGAUAUGGUGGCUAUGAAGAUAAAUAUGGUGGUGGCUACGGAGGUGGCUAUGAAGAUAAAUAUGGUGGCGGUUAUGAAGAUAAAUACGGCGGCGGUUAUGAUGGCGGAUAUGAAGGAGGCUAUGAUGGAGGCUAUGGCGGUGGUGGCUAUGAAGGAGGCUAUGGUGAUAGUCAUGGUAUCGAUGCUAAAUAUGGUGCAAUCAGUACCUAUUAUGGUGAUGAUCAUGGCUAUGGCUAUGGUGGUGGUCAUGGGGGCGGUUAUGAAGAUAAAUAUGGUGGUGGUGGCUAUGAAGGAGGAUAUGGUGGUGGUCAUGAAGGAGGCGGAUACGAAGGAGGAUAUGGCGGUGGUCAUGAAGGAGGUGGUUAUGAAGGUGGAUACAAAAAGAAAUAAAUAAUUUUCACCUAAACGAUUAUGUAAGCAAAUUAUGUCGAUAUAAUUUCCCAAAAAAAAAAUCGAAUCAAAAUCAAUGCCUCAAA